AUGGCGCCGCUGGACCUGGACAAGUACGUGGAGAUCGCGCGGCUCUGCAAGUACCUGCCCGAGAACGACCUCAAGCGCCUCUGCGACUAUGUGUGCGACCUGCUGCUGGAGGAGUCUAACGUUCAGCCCGUCUCCACGCCCGUCACCGUCUGCGGAGACAUCCACGGGCAGUUUUAUGACUUGUGCGAGCUGUUCAGGACCGGUGGUCAGGUCCCUGACACCAACUACAUUUUCAUGGGUGACUUUGUAGAUAGAGGUUAUUAUAGUCUUGAGACUUUCACUUACCUUCUUGCACUAAAAGCUAAGUGGCCUGAUCGUAUCACACUGUUAAGAGGCAAUCAUGAGAGCAGGCAGAUAACACAAGUGUAUGGAUUUUAUGAUGAGUGCCAAACCAAAUAUGGAAAUGCUAAUGCUUGGAGAUACUGCACCAAAGUCUUCGACAUGCUCACAAUAGCAGCUCUAAUAGAUGAGCAGAUUCUCUGUGUGCAUGGUGGCCUCUCUCCAGACAUCAAGACGUUGGAUCAGAUUCGAACCAUUGAACGUAAUCAAGAGAUCCCCCACAAAGGAGCCUUCUGUGACCUCGUUUGGUCUGAUCCAGAAGAUGUUGACACCUGGGCCAUCAGCCCACGUGGAGCAGGCUGGCUUUUCGGCGCCAAGGUGACGAAUGAGUUUGUUCACAUCAACAACUUGAAACUCAUCUGCAGAGCUCACCAGCUAGUUCAUGAAGGCUAUAAAUUCAUGUUUGAUGAGAAAUUGGUAACGGUAUGGUCUGCUCCCAAUUACUGCUACCGCUGUGGAAAUAUUGCAUCCAUCAUGGUCUUUAAAGACGUAAAUACAAGAGAACCAAAGUUAUUCCGCGCAGUUCCAGACUCAGAACGUGUAAUUCCACCUAGGACAACCACGCCGUACUUCCUCUGAGCCCUUCCUCGCCUAUUGUCUCCCUCUUCCCUUGUACUGUCCCUUUACAAUAUACUUUUUAUUGAGCACUUUGCUGCUGAAAUGCUGCCUCUUGCCUUUUUUAUUUUUAAAUUAUCUAAAUUUAUUGUGUAUUAUGGUGUCUGUAGCAAGUUUCAUUCCCCUUCCCUCCCCCCUAGAUUAAUCUCAAAGAGUAUUUGUAAUAUGUCCUUGAAAUUUAUACUACUGCAUGUAGUUCUUAUGUAUCUCUGGGUUUAGAUGACACAUUCUCCUUUUACCGAUCGUGACUCCCGGGAAGCAGCUCGGUCCCAGUGUUAUUGUUCAGCUUUUUUUGUUUGGUGAGUUUUAAAAGAGAUUUCAGCAGCAAAGUCCCCGUGGCGGGACUGUGACCGCCUUGUGUCGCAUGCGUGUCGAGCAGGGCCACCCUCACAGCGUGUUUUAAGUGGAUACUAAUAAAGUGGUCAGAAGGGCUGUUCCCCCUACACCUCCCCUCUCCUCCUUCUCGCCCCCCACCCUGUUUUUUUCCUUUUGAUUUCUUAGGAUUCCAGUUCAGACACACGAACCUGCUACAGCGACUGAAUUUGUACAUUAAAAUAA